UCCCCACCGCCAUCAUCCCCCUCUCCUAUGCUGCCUCGGCAAGGAAGCACUCGCUGGAGACUCACAAACUGCUGAGUGACUCGGAGGGCUACGGGAACAGCCUUGAGGAAACUGCUAAGAAUCUGAAGCAGUUUUUGUCCAAGGACUGGGAUGAGGACGUCCCUGUCUCCACCCUGCAGCGCAACAUGGAACAAGCCCAUCAGAUGUUGAAGACUGUGACAGGUGCAAACGUCAAGAUCUUCUCCCUGGACCUGCUCUAUCGGUUGAUCUACUCGGCGGCAAUGAGUGACAUCCCCCUGCCCGUGGCCACUUGACAUGCUGGAAGAGUGUGGCCUUGACUACUUCCCCAACAUAGCCUGCUCGGUGCACAACACCGCGCUGAAGGACGGGGCUCGCUUCUGCACCCUGUCGCAUGUGCGGCGCUGGGUCUACUUCAUGUGUCAGAACCUGGACCUCAAGAAGCUGUUUGGGGUGGAGCCUCAGAAGGGGAAGCACUACCCGAUGGACGAGCUGUGGGUGGGCGCGUCCGACAGCCUCUCCAGUUUGACCCUUGAGGACUCGGACAAAGCCUGCGGUGCUGUUGGCUCAGACCCGUGGGUGCCGAUGGACGGGAAAGGUCAGGCCUUGACAACAAAACCAUGGGAAGAGGAAAACUUUUCCUCGCUUGGCUUUGAUCAGGCCAAGAAAGGGAGUGCUCGUGGGGGUAAGAAGAAGCUCUCACACCGUACCCUGGAGAUGGACUAAGGGUGCUGGCCUGCUGCUGCUGAUGCCAUUAGGGGAGUCUAAACCCUUGUACCCCCCUCAAGAUAAGCCCAGAUUGAUUUUCCUGUUGGCAUGAAAGAUUUGCAGAGGCCUCGGCUGUACCUUAAGCCAGAACAGUUUUGGUUUGUUUUAAGUUUUAUCAGUAUUUAAUUUCCCUUCACGUUCUUGUAAGGCAAAAAGUAAAAAUGUGUUGGCUGCUGUGAAGAUGAAAAUGAAGGCAGAUGGUUGACCUUGAAGGUAUUACUGUAUUCACCUAGUUGUAUUUACCUAUAGUCCAACCAAAUUGCUGAGUCCGUUUGGGCGGAGGCUCCCACGGGUCCAUCUCUGAGCUCCACAUUUUUCAGUCUCGUCCUCUCAUUCAUGUAACCACCCCUGCCUCCCAUUUUUCACACCAGUAGACUUGGCUUUCCACCUUUCACACCAGUUCAGUCAUCCAGGGGUAGACACCAGUAGACUUGGCUUUCCACCUUUCACACCAAUUAACCCGGUGGUGGUAGCAGCGGGGAUCAUGUUUCUUAAUGGUCCCUCUAAGUGAGAAAAAUGAGAAAAAAUCACCCCUCACACAGACCAUUUCAUAAUAUAUAUCAAAGCAUUUGUGAUCAGUUUAUGUAUCAUCUAUUUUGGGGGGGUUAUAUCAUGGCACAAAUUUGGCCUGUCGCUGCUACACAGUAAAGCCACAAAUUUGACCCAUCGCUGCUACAGGGUUAAUAGCUAUUCAGGGGUGCUUUUUUCUUACUGUCAGUUUGCAUGAGUGAGGAGAUGCAGCUCACUAGUGAUGAGGGUGGCAGGGAGUAUAGCAUAUUGUUUGACCUUAACCUGGUAGCAGCGAUGGGCCAAAUUUGUGGCUUUACCGUAUAGCAGCGAUGGGACAAAUUUGUGCCAUGAUUUAACCCCCCCAAAAUAGAUGAUACAUAAAAUGAUCACAAAUGCUUUGAUAUAUAUUAUGAAAUGGUUUGUGUGAGUGAUGAUUUUUUCUCAUUUUUCUCACUUGGAGGGACCAUUAAGAAACAUGAUCCCUGCUGCUACCACCACCGGGUAAAUGGCCAUCAGAAGUGAAGGGUGAAGCUGUGUUCAUGGUGCACCAGCUGUCUGGCGGCCUCCCAAAUGAACACCACUGAGUACCAGGAUGUUUUUCACUGUGUUAAUACAGUUUCUCUAAUGUCCGGCGACCAUACUGUUUUUAUCCAGAAGUGCUCCAUUAUUUUUUUUUUUAAAGCUUUUUUUCAUUUAGUUUAAAAUUUACUAUUGAAUUUUAAGCUUGCAGUCCUGUUCCCCUUGUGUUAUAUUUUAUUUUAAUCGCCUUUUUUUAGUUGUUUCAGUGAUUAUUUUUAUCAAGUGGACAUCAGUAGACUUUGUUUUACUAUGCUGUAGUGAAGAAUACAUUGUGAUAUGUAUGAUAUUGUCUCUUUUCCUAUUCAUCCUCAGUUGAAAAAAUGUCAUUUUGGCAGAUUAACCUGGCAGUGUCGGCGGACCCAUUUUUGGGCUCCCGCGAGUCGGUCCGCUGAAACGGCGGACCUCGUUUGGGGCUCGGCUCAAAACGCCUAAUUC